AGCGAUCGCGCAUUACGCUCGUUCGCAGGACGCGCAGGUCACACGCCCUGAGGCCGCAGGUAUCGUGUGGUAGGGAGGGAGCACAGACCCCUCUUCGGAGCACCAGCAGGGCCGCCAGGGUUGGGAGAGCGAGAGAGCGGAUAUAUAUUCCGGAGGCAGCUCCUCCUCGAAGCACACUCGCUCCAGACAUGGGCAGCACGCAGCACACAGCCAGACCAUCGACGUCGCGGCGCCAGAGGAGCUGCAUGGGGAGGCAAAUCUUCGUGCUGACGACCUUGACCUGCCUGCUGUCCCUGGGUCUGGGAUCGGCCUUGGGCGCCGCCGCCGUCUACAAGCAAAUCUCCAAGAGAGCAAUCGGCGACAACUCGGAGCCGAGAAAGACCGUCGUUGAGAAUGAGCAGUCGGCGAGCAACGCUCCCAGCGGCCAGCUUUGCCUCACACCGGGAUGCGUCCAAAGUGCGGCCAGUGUGUUGAAGAACAUGAAGCCGGAGGUAGACCCUUGCGACAACUUUUACGACUUCGCCUGCGGCGCCUACGUGCGGGACACACCGAUCCCUGAUGACAAGACCUCGGUUAACGGCUUCAACGAAAUUAGUGACAAGCUGCAGCAGCAACUCCGCGUCGCCAUCGACACUCCAAUCGUCCCUGAUGAGCCCAAGCCGUACAAACUGGUCAAGAAUCUCUACAAGGCCUGCAUGAAUAAGAGUUUGAUUGAGGAGCGUGGCAUCGCACCGGCGCAGGAAAUGCUGAAGAAACUUGGCGGCUGGCCUGUUCUCGAGGGCGACGACUGGGACGCCGGUUCCUUCAGCUGGUUGCAGAGCGUCUACAAAUUCCGCGAGCAGGGCUUCAGCGUCGACUACUUCAUCGACUUCUCCGUCGGCACGGACGUCAAGAACUCGACCAAGAGAAUCAUUGAUCUGGACCAAGGGUCUCUGGGCCUGAGUCGCGAGUACUUCAUCAAGGGCUUCGAGGACAAGGUGGUGACCGCUUACUACUCUUAUCUGGUCGACCUGGCUGUCCUUUACGGCGCCGAAAGAAGCAGGGCCGAGACCGAAAUCAAAGAGUCAGUGAUGUUCGAAAUGAAGCUCGCCAACAUCUCCCUGCCUAACGAAAAAAGACGAAACGCCACCAAAUUGUACAACCCGAGGACGGUGGAGCAGCUGCAGAAGGAGUACCCGUCCGUGCCUUGGCUGGAGUACUUCAACACGAUCCUCCCCAAGACUGUCCAGGUCACCAAUGACGAAAUCAUCAUCGUCAGUGUCCCAUCCUACCUGAAGGAGCUGGAAAUUAUUCUCAGCCAAACGCCAAAGAGGGUGCAAGCUAAUUACGCUUUGACGAGGGCCGCUGCCGCCAUGGUUUCAUACCUGACUGAAGAUGUGCGUAAAAGGCAGCUGAAAUACUACACUGUUUUGUCUGGAAAGACCGAGCGUGAAUCUAGAUGGAAGGAAUGCGUCGACAUGGUCACCGGAAGUUUGAGCAUUGCUGUUGGGUCUAAAUACGUGAAGAAAUACUUCAAGGAGGAGGCCAAGAAGAACUCUCAGGAAAUGGUCGAGGACAUCAGGGCUGAGUUUAUUAAAAUCCUGAAGACCAUCGACUGGAUGGACGACGGCACACGAGCUAGCGCCCUGGAAAAGGCUGCGUCAAUGGCCUCGCACAUCGCCUACCCUGAUGAGCUUCUGGACGACAAUAAAAUCACCGAAUUCUACGAUAAACUGGAACUGAAUCCUGAUUUGUACCUGGAAAGCGUGAUCAACAUGACCAUCUUCGGCACCGAUUUCUCCUUCAACAGGCUGCGCAAGCCAGUAAACAAAACCGAGUGGAUCACCCAUGGCAGACCCGCAGUCGUCAAUGCCUACUACAGCUCCAUCGAAAACAGCAUCCAGUUCCCAGCUGGCAUUCUGCAAGGAGUGUUCUUCUCAAAUGACCGCCCGAGGUACAUGAAUUACGGUGCCAUCGGCUUUGUGAUCGGCCACGAAAUCACGCACGGAUUCGACGACCAGGGCAGACAGUUUGACAAGGAAGGCAACCUGGUCGACUGGUGGAACCCGUCCACCAAGGAGCAGUACCUCAAGAAGGCCCAGUGCAUCAUCGAGCAGUACGGCAACUUCUCGGUACCUGAAGUCGGACUCAAGUUGAACGGUGUGAACACUCAAGGAGAGAACAUCGCUGACAACGGUGGCAUCAAGGAGGCGUACUACGCGUACAACGCGUGGGUGGAGCGCAACGGUGCCGAGGGCCUGCUGCCCGGGCUAAACUACACGCAGCGCCAGAUGUUCUGGGUGAGCGCUGCCAACGUGUGGUGCAGCAAGUACCGGCCCGAGACCAUGAAGCUGCGCAUCCUCACCGGCUUCCACUCUCCGGGACAGUUCAGGGUCAACGGGCCCAUGGCCAAUUUGCCCGAGUUCGCCAGGGACUUCAACUGCCCGCUCGGCUCGAAAAUGAAUCCGGAGCACAAAUGCGCCGUCUGGUAAAAAUCGACCGGCGUUUUGUAAUUUGUACUUAGUUUUACGGGAACAAUAAAUAAUUAUUUAUCAGCUGAGAUGCAUUUAAAAA